AGUUUUCCAUUCAGUAUUUUGAUGAAUGGCUUUGCAGGGGGGAUCGGGACAUUGGGUGUCAUUUUAUAUAAAUUCGAGCGACGCACGACGACAAGCCAAAUUAAAAGAUAAAAGCUAGUCCAAGGGGUCAAGUAAGCAAGCAAAAUUUAUUCAGUACUGAUUGAAAUGCGGUUACAAUUGGUUCUUGUUUUGGGCCUGGAAGUUUGUUUUUGCAUUGCAGAAAGUUCUUGGUCAUUUUUUGGAUCGACCUUCUCACUAGAGUUAAAUGAUGAAAAUGAACUUGUCACAAAUUUUAUUAAAAAUGAUGAUGAUGAUGAUAUUGAUCCAAGUGUGAAAGAAGACGAACGUUUGACAACAACACAAUUAAUCACGAAAUAUGGAUAUCCAGCUGAAAUACAUCAUGUAAUCACAGAUGAUGGUUAUAUAUUGGAAAUGCAUAGAAUUCCGAAACCCGGUAAAACACCAGUGUUAAUGGUACAUGGACUUUUAGAUUCUUCCAGUACUUGGGUUAUGAUGGGACCAGAUAAGGGUUUUGCUUACAUGCUUUCUGAUCUUCACUAUGAUGUUUGGAUGGCAAAUGUUCGAGGUAACACAUACAGCAAAAAUCAUACCACUCUCAAUCCGAGAAAGGCCAAAUUUUGGGAUUUCAGUUUUCACGAAAUGGGAAUUCACGAUAUACCAAAAUCAAUUGAUUAUGUCUUGGAAGUAACUGGCUUUACCAAAUUGCAGUAUAUUGGACACUCACAAGGUACAACAUGCUUCUGGAUAAUGUGCAGUUUACUUCCACAAUACAAUGACAAAAUAAUCUCGAUGCAAGCUCUAGCUCCAGCCGCAUUCAUAGAAGAUUCAAAAAGUCCAGUAAUCACAUUUUUAUCAUUUUUUCGCUCUCAAAUUUCGUAUCUCUUGAAGAUAAUCGGUGCUCACGAGUUUCUACCAAAUGGUUCCUUUGUCAAGUAUUUUAGCCAAUUUGUAUGUGAUGAUGAUUCCAUAGUUCAAAGCAUAUGUUCUCAAGUCAUGUUUAUAAUUGUUGGAUUUGACAAAGCUCAAAUGAAUCAUACAAUGCUACCAGUAAUUCUGGGACACAGUCCAGCAGGAUCGUCUACGAAACAACUUAUUCAUUUUGCACAACUCAAAUCAUCUGGGCAUUUUCGACAGUUCGAUCAUGGUUAUAUAGGAAACUGGAGGAGAUAUGGAAGAUUUUCACCACCCGAUUAUCCCCUUGAAAAUGUGAUGGCAAAAGUGGCAUUACAUUAUGGUGCAAAUGAUUGGCUAACAGUUCCUAAAGAUGUUGACAGACUGGAUCAGGCAUUGCCAAAUGUUAUUGGGAAAUUUUUAGUCAAAUUUUCUGAAUUCAAUCAUUUGGAUUUUGUUUGGGGUAUAGAUGCUCGUGAAUUGCUAUACAAUAAAGUUUCUAAGCUAAUGAAAGCUGUUGAAGAUGAUUAUCUCUAAGGAAUGGGAUUGAACAGGACAAAAUUAUGUCUUAGUUGAAAUUAUAAUGUGAUAUGUAUGUGUAAAUAUUUUAAAACAAAAAUGUGUUUAUGUCGAUUAAAAAAGAAACUUUUUUU